CGCGGUCUCUUUAAGUAGGCGCCGGGGCGGGGACGGGCCAGAGCGGGCCGGCGGGCCGGGAGCCGUCAGUCGGGCUGCCGCGGCGCUGCCUAUUCCCCGGCGCCAGAAUGGAGGAGGCGGUCUGAGGACCAGAGCCGAGUCGGGGUCGCCGCGCGGUCUGACCUACCAGCAACAUGGCAACCAGUGCCGUCCCCAGUGACAACCUCCCCACGUACAAGCUGGUGGUGGUGGGAGAUGGGGGUGUGGGCAAGAGUGCCCUCACCAUCCAGUUUUUCCAGAAGAUCUUUGUGCCUGACUACGACCCCACCAUUGAAGACUCCUACCUGAAACAUACAGAGAUCGACAAUCAGUGGGCCAUCUUGGACGUUCUGGACACAGCCGGCCAGGAGGAGUUCAGCGCCAUGCGGGAGCAGUACAUGCGCACCGGGGAUGGCUUCCUCAUCGUCUUCUCGGUCACAGACAAGGCGAGCUUCGAGCACGUGGACCGCUUCCACCAGCUCAUCCUGCGCGUCAAGGACAGAGAGUCAUUCCCGAUGAUCCUCGUGGCCAACAAAGUUGAUUUGAUGCAUUUGAGGAAAAUCACCAGGGAUCAAGGAAAAGAAAUGGCGACCAAACACAAUAUUCCGUACAUAGAAACCAGUGCCAAGGACCCGCCUCUCAAUGUCGACAAAGCCUUCCACGACCUGGUUAGGGUCAUCAGGCAACAGAUACCAGAAAAAAGCCAGAAGAAGAAGAAGAAAACCAAAUGGCGGGGGGACAGGGCUGCUGGUGCCCACAAACUGCAGUGUGUGAUACUGUGAGAGGCCUGAGGCCCUGGGCACCGCGACCGUGAGCCGGCCGGCCCUCGGGAUCCCUCCUCUGCCUCACCGCGCUGAGAGCCGCUUCUAACCACGGCCCUUGGCCUGAGGACAUGGCUCGGGGAGGGAGAAAGGGAGGCCGGGGGAGAGGGCAUCUGGCUCUGCUGAAAGGGCACAGGCUUUCCCAGGUCCCGCAGGAGGCCAGAAACGCCGCUAAACAGAAGCGGCAUCCAAGCCCCGCGUGUUGAUUCCGCCCAUUCCUCCCCUCCUCGGUGGCUGUGUUGUUUCUCCGAACUACAUCGUGUUAGUUUGAUGUGGAAGUGCUUAUCCACGUACAGAGUACACAACAAGCCAUGAUCCAGUCCUCCACCGCGCCCCCCGGCCACCCCAGUCCACAGUGUCUGAGCUUGGGUGUCUUUUGUAGAUUUUUAAAUUAUUUUAGUGAUCAAUAUUUUAUUAAAGGGGUCUGUGCCCACUGCCUGGUGAAGUUUCAAGUCUUCAGCAGGUUCUCUGAUAA